CUUUUUGCCUCCGCCCCCGGGUGCCUGGCCGCCCCGCUGACGUGGGGACUCCGGGCGGCCGCAAGGAAGCUCACCUGGCCGAGCCUUCUCCUUCCCCUCCUCCCCAUGCUCCCGCCCCCACCUGCCCUCCUCCUCUCCAAGUGGGAAGGCGUCGGGAUCCGUAGGCGAGGAAAUAACGACCCCUGCAGUUGCAUUGCGGAAAAUCUCGGCGGCGGUGCUAGUUGCGGGCGAUGGAAGCGAGGCAAUUGCGGGGUCUGGGGAGCCCUGGAAAAUAGCAGAAAAGCGGAAAGCGCGCGUGCAACGAGGGGGAGUCAGUGAGACUCCAGACGCACCCCAAUCCUGGGAGCCUAGCCUUGGGCUUGGCGUCCUGGAAGCAUCGCCUGAAGCCAGCUUGGAGGCGGCAGGCGGCUCGAGGACUUGGGGAGCAGGGAGGGUCAACGGAGGCAGCUGGUGACCUGUGUUUGCGGGCAAUAAUCCCCGCUUCUCUUUCUUUCUCUGUGUGCGGUGUCUGCUCCUCUCUCCCCACCCCUCCGGAAGCAGGAGAACUGGCCUGACCAGAGACAGCAGCCACCCUUUGACCAUGCCCCGGUGAAGGGGGGCGGACUUCGAGGGCAACUUGUCGCGGACUACCUGGACUCAGCUAGCCUGCGGAAAGAGAGCGAGAGCCCAGAACUCUACAGCUCGGCCCAGCGGGGGGCUGUUGUCUAUGUCUUCUUGGGGCGCCCGGCGGAUUGGGGUCUCGGUUUUGCAGGAAAAGCCCAGCGCUGUUGGCUUCAGGUGGCUGCCGCCGCCGCCGCGGUCGCCGCAAGUGCUGUUUCCGCCACUGGUGAGAGGAGCAGAGACACAAGAGCGGGGAGACCUCCGAGGCAACGAGGCAUCGGACAUGUGUCAGCACAUCUGGGGAGCACAUCCGAAGAGCCCGAGGGGAGAUUUGCCGAAACAAUUCAAACUGCGUUAUUGAUCUUGGGGGUGCCUGUCCCUGGCCGGCUGUCGGGUGGGAGCGCGAGUGUGCGCUCUCUGGAGAGAGUGUGCGUGUGUGUAUGUGUGUACCGUGUCGGGCUCCCCCCUUCCCCCCUGUUUUCCCGUCGAGUGAUGCACCUGGAAUGAGAAUCAGAGGAUGGAAAUAGUCUGGGAGGUGCUUUUUCUUCUUCAAGCCAAUUUCAUCGUCUGCAUAUCAGCUCAACAGAAUUCACCAAAAAUCCAUGAAGGCUGGUGGGCAUACAAGGAGGUGGUCCAGGGAAGCUUUGUUCCAGUUCCUUCUUUCUGGGGAUUGGUGAACUCAGCUUGGAAUCUUUGCUCUGUGGGGAAGCGUCAGUCCCCUGUCAACAUAGAGACCAGUCACAUGAUCUUCGACCCCUUUCUGACACCUCUUCGCAUCAACACUGGGGGCAGGAAGGUCAGUGGGACCAUGUACAACACUGGAAGGCAUGUCUCCCUCCGCCUGGACAAAGAGCACUUGGUCAAUAUUUCAGGAGGGCCCAUGACAUACAGUCACCGCCUGGAAGAGAUCCGGCUACACUUUGGGAGUGAGGACAGCCAAGGGUCUGAACACCUCCUCAAUGGACAGGCCUUCUCCGGGGAGGUACAACUCAUCCACUAUAACCACGAGCUAUACACAAAUGUCACAGAAGCUGCGAAGAGCCCCAAUGGAUUGGUGGUAGUUUCUAUAUUUAUAAAAGUUUCUGAUUCAUCAAACCCAUUUCUUAAUCGAAUGCUCAACAGAGAUACUAUCACAAGAAUAACAUAUAAAAAUGAUGCAUACUUACUACAGGGACUUAAUAUAGAGGAACUGUAUCCAGAGACCUCUAGUUUCAUCACUUAUGAUGGGUCGAUGACUAUCCCGCCCUGCUAUGAGACAGCAAGUUGGAUAAUAAUGAACAAGCCUGUGUACAUAACCAGGAUGCAGAUGCAUUCCCUACGCCUCCUCAGCCAGAAUCAGCCAUCGCAGAUCUUUCUGAGCAUGAGUGACAACUUCAGGCCUGUCCAGCCACUCAACAAUCGCUGUAUCCGCACCAACAUCAACUUCAGUUUACAGGGGAAGGACUGUCCUAACAACAGGGCCCAGAAGCUACAGUACAGAGUAAACGAAUGGCUCCUCAAGUAGGGAACUAAGCCAAGAAGAAUCCCACCUCAGUGAAAUUCUACAACUGUGAAUUGACGUAACCCAGAAUGCCCCCCUUCCCUGUCCUUCCUCCCCUAAGCCUUUCACUCUUUGGAUUGGCCCCUUUUUCAUGAAAAUUGUCUGCAAAAAUGUUUCAGAGGAGUGCAUCUGUCUCUCUCUCUCUCUCUACACACACACAUACACACACACUCAUACACACACACUCAUACACACAUAUAUACACACAGAGACACAUACACACACAUAAACACAAAUGCACACACUCAUACACACAUAAACACAAGUACACAUGCACACACACACACACACACACACACCACCUCCAUGAUGGAAAAGCCAAGUUUCAGAAACAAAGGUUCAUUCAUCAAAGGUCUUAGAAGAAAACAACCAGUUAACCUGAUUACAAUUUUGAUACUGUUUUCCUGAACUAAUAAGUCAACCCAAGGAGACUUCUCAGCCUUUGUAUAUACAAAAUUCUUCCAAAAGAGAGUGGGAAAAAAAACAAAACAAAACACCGCUCUGACAGCAUCAAGCGGACUCGGCAUCUCACCGUCCCUGACAGUGUCCUGGGCUACUCCAAGGGUGCUGUGACAGGUGACCAGGACAAAGCUGACCAAGGACACUUAUUUCUAGAUUACGAUUCUUCUGUUUACUCAAUAAUUUAAAAAGAAAAUCUUCAAAAAAUAAAUAAACAAAUAAAUAAAAGGACAGACAUCAAAGAGCUAUACGUUGUAUAUAUUUAUCACCGCAGACUAUAAGAAUGGAAUUAUUUCCCUCUUUGUCACAUAACUGUACUAGGACUUGCCCGAGAUCAGAAUCGAUUCAUUCGCUGUUUCUUGUUUUCCGAAAGUCAUACAUUGUGUUUGGUUAUUGUUAACAGCCCAAUAAAUGUGUUUAAUGCGUUGA